AUGGCCACGUCUCCAUGUAGCAGCAGCGGCGUCUCUUCGUCGUCCUCGUCGGGGCUGGGCGCGGAUGCGGGGCUGGAGAUCCGCACGCGCUCCGUGGAGCAGACGCUGGUGCCAUUGGUGUCGCAGAUAACUACUCUUAUUAAUCAUAAGGAUAAACCAAAGCGUUCAGACAAGACCCUGCAAGCGAUUCAGCGAGUUGGCCAAGCAGUUAACCUGGCAGUUGGAAGGUUUGUUACAGUAGGUGAAGCUAUCGCCAAUGAAAAUCAUGAACUGAAAGAGGAAAUGAGUGUUGCUUGCAUUGAAGCAAGGAGAGCAGGUGAAACAAUUGCAAAGCUUACAGAUGUGACAAGCUUGGAUCAUCCAGAAUCUGAUAGCCAUAUAACAAUCUUUACAGACAAAACGGGUGUGGUAAAAGCUGCAAGGUUGUUGCUUUCUUCUGUCACAAAGGUGCUGGUGUUAGCAGACAGAAUUGUUAUUAAACAAAUAAUAACUUCCAGAAACAAGGUUCUUGCAACAAUGGAACAACUAGAAAAAGUCAGUAGUUUCCAGGAGUUUGUACAAAUAUUCAGCCAGUUUGGAAAUGAAAUGGUCGAGUUUGCCCAUUUAACUGGAGAUCGGCAAAACGACUUGAAGGAUGAGAAGAAAAAAGCUAGAAUGGCAGCAUCUAGGGCUGUUCUUGAGAAGUGCACCAUGAUGCUCCUAACUGCUUCAAAGACUUGUCUGAGGCAUCCAGACUGUGAAUCAGCUCGUUUAAACAAAGAUGGAGUGUUUCAUCGGAUGCGAUUAGCUUUGGAACAAGUAAUAGAAAUCGUAACUGACUCUAGACCAAAUGGAGACAAUGAAAUGGCCCCCAUCAGCAUAUAUUCUGGAAUCAAAGAAUUCAAGAAUAAGGUGGAGGGUCUUCGUGAGAAUCUUUAUUUUCUGUCAAAAGAGAACCUUUCAACAAUGCUGGAAGUUAUCCUGGAACACACAGAAGACUUCACGGACUCUGCCUAUACCAGUCAUGAGCACAGAGAACACAUUUUGGAGCUGUCUAAACAGGCUAAAAUGGAACUAGAGCAGCUGGUUUCAGUGUGGAUGCAAGCUCAAAACCAGAAGACAAAGGAUGUCAUGGAAGACUUGGAAGUAGCCAUUUUAAAAACAUGCCAGUGCAUGAAUGAACUUAAAAGAGAGGUCCACAGUGCAGCAACAUCUUUGGCAGCAGAUCUGCUAAAAUACCAUACAGAUCAUAUGGUCCUCAAAGCAUUAAAAAUCACAGGAGUAGAAGGAAACCUUGAAGCUGUAGCAGAAUAUACUUGCAAGCUAUCAGAGCAGAAAGAACAACUUGUUGAGAUGUGCCGCUUACUGAGGCAUGUUUCUGGAACUGAGCCCCUCGAGAUUACUUGCAUACAUGCAGAAGAUACCUUUCAGGUCACUGGCCCACAGAUAAUUUCUGCUGCGGAAACACUGGCAUUACAUCCAUCUAGCAAGAUUGCAAAAGAAAAUCUUGAGGUGUUCUGUGAGGCCUGGGAGUCUCAACUGAGUGACAUGUCUAUGUUGUUGAGAGAAAUCAAUGAUGUGUUUGAAGGAAGAAGAGGAGAGAAGCGUGUGUACCUAUCGCUGCCCAGACCAGGGAAGCAUAAUGCAAAUCUGAAAGCAUUGAAGCCAGUCAAACUAGAUACUGAGGAACAGGCAAAAAUUGCAAAGCUUGGAUUAGAAUUGCAUCUGCUCACAUCUGAUGUGGAUUCUGAGACAGAAAAGUGGGAGGAUCAGGAGAAUGAGAUCGUGCAGCAUGGACAAGGCAUGUCAAGUAUGGCCUAUUCCAUGUAUUUAUUUACCAGGGGAGAAGGACUUCUGAAAACUACUCAAGAUUUAUUUCAUCAAGCAGAGAUUUUUGCUACAGAGGGCACAAAGCUUGCUUCAGCUCUUCAUGCCUUUUGUGAUCAGGUACGUGAUGAUGACAAACCUUUGCUGCUCUUGGAGGCUGAAAAGCUGAUCUCGAUGUGCAGGCAACUCCAGAUAACAGCUAAAACUUCUGCUCAGGGUAAAAGUGCUACAUUUACAAAGGUUGAUGCAUGCAUUCUGAAAACAAAGAAUGUGAUGACUCUGUUAUGCCAACUUCUUCCACUUUGCUGCAAAUUACUGAGGAAGAAUAAAUCAGGAAAUGGCUGCAUUAAACCUGCUCCACCAUGGAGAGAAGAGAAAAUACGAACUGGUACAAACGCACAUAGUCCAGAAAGGAGAGCUGAGACGUUUGGCAUCAAGUCUUUAGAGAAUCAUGUAACAAACAUGACUUUCUUAGAGAGCAAGUAA